UUCUUACACUGUCAGUGCGUAGUUGCCAGUACACGUUAAAGGAGACAGGAUACCGUACGCGUCUUUUAACGAGGAAGUGAUAAAUGGCCGUUCGUCAGGGCCAGUUAGCCGAUUCGGCCGACGGAUUGAACAGUGAUAUGGACUAUCACAUCGAGAUAAUUAACAAGGACGAUAAAUCAAGGAUACUAAAAUUCCUGAGAAGGUUCUUCUUCAGGGAUGACGGAGAGAACAGUACUUGCAUGGAAUUGGAGGACUAUUGCAGCUAUUCGUCGUUCGAAAAUAAUUUGAGUUUAAUGGCGGUUACUACGAGUGGUGCAAUUAUCGGUGUCCUGCUCAAUGGUAAAACAGAUCCCCCACCGGAUGAAGAGCCAGAAUACAUAAAGUCAUGCAAAAACCCAAAAUUUAAGAAAAUAUUGAGAUUAUUGCAUCAUAUAGACAAAAGUGUGAAUGUAGAUGGACAAUUUCGAGAUUUAAACGUUUUGGAAAUCAAAAUAAUCUCAGUAGAUACAAAUUGGAGAGGAAAAGGCGUUGCAAAGGCUCUCAUAGAAAAAGCAAUAGAAAUUGCGAAGGAGCAAGGAUUUCAUUACGCUAGGGCAGAUUGCUCGUCCUUAUUUUCCGGCAAACUUUGUGCACGAAUUGGCUUUGACGCGAUAUACAAACUCGAUUAUAACGACUACGUGGAUGAAGAAGGAAAACCAAUUUUUUCACCUGCUUCGCCUCACACAGCAGUUGUUAGUUACAUAAAAAAAUUAUAAAGAGCAAAAAAAUUAAAUAAAAAGUUGGUAUUAGAAUAAAAAAGUGGUCGUCGGAAUCGAUAACAAACAAGAAUUCAGUUUGACAAGAAAAUAUUAAAGAUGUAUAAUUGAGAUAUUUGCUCUGUGUUUUAUCUUUUCUUCAUGAAAUAAACAUUUCUUUAAAUGCACAUACAAUCAUAAGUAAAAAAUAAAAUAUUUUAUAAGAAUUGUUUCAGACAUGAUAGAAUGAAAGCACAUUCUCAUUACUUUUAUGUAUCAUCUGUUAUGUAUGUAAUAUUAUAUAUUAUGACACUUUCAAUUUUUUUAAAUAAAUAAGCAAAGCC